AGUAGCCCUUCACCACGAAAAAGAGCCCUCCAAAUCCUCCUCACCUCCUCCAUUUCUGUUCGCAGGGUUCUCGAUUCGCUCUCGCUUUUCGCAGCCGCUUCUGAUUUGUGAAAUUAGCUGAGAAGAACUGAAAAUGAGCAAGGGACCGGGACUCUUCACAGAUAUCGGCAAGAAAGCCAGAGAUCUGCUGACUAGAGAUUAUCUAUCGGAUCACAAAUUCUCCGUCUCCACCUACAGCGAAUCUGGAGUGGCCCUCACAACAUCCACAGUAAAAAGAGGAGGUUAUUCAUCUGGUGAUGUGGCAGCUCAGUAUGCAUAUAGGAAUACUUUUACUGAUGUGAAAGUUGAUACCGAGUCCAAUAUCUCAGCCACCUUCACUGUUGCUGAUAUUAUUCCCUCAUCAAAGACCAUUGCCAACCUGAAAUUUCCCAAUUAUGAGUCUGGAAAGCUAGAAUUUCAGUACUUCCAUCCUCAUGCAUCCCUGACUGCAGCUGUUGGUCUGAACCAAUCCCCUCCACUUGAUUUCUCAGUCACCCUCGGUACUCCCACCUUUGCUUUGGGUGCAGAAGCAGGUUAUGAAACUGCUUCUGGAAAGUUAACGAAAUAUACGGCUGGCAUCACUGUAACAAAACCAGAUUCAUCCGCUUCAGUGAUUCUUGGUGAUAAGGGAGAUACCAUAAAGGCAUCAUACAUUCACUACCUUGAUGAAUUUAAAAGGAGUGCUGCUGUGGGAGAAAUCACCCGAAAAUUCUCCACAAACCAGAACACAUUCACAGUAGGAGGAUCAUGUGCUGUUGACAGCCUGACACUAGUGAAAGUGAAGCUUAAUAAUCACGGUACACUAGCGGCCACUUUGCAGCAUGAGGUCAUUCGCAAGUCUCUUGUGACCUUCUCCAGCGAAUUCGACACAAAGUCCUUGGACAAGACUCCCAAAUUUGGUGUGUCGCUCGCUCUUAAGCCAUGAAAGCUGCCUGGUUUUUGAACUUUUUUAGGGUUGCAUCGGAAAAAGUUGCCAAAUAAGUAGUUUCAGAAAUGUAUUGUUCCCGGCAGUUGACAUAUUAUCAUGCAUUGAUGCACGGGGAAAUUCUAUGAUGUUUUUGUGGGUUUUGAACACCCUUCUGUCUUCCUUCUUGAGGCUUUUUGACAUGAAAAAAGUAUUACUCCAUUUAAAUUCAAUUAUUUUUGCUGAUUUUAACAAAUGAGAAUGAAGUUUGGUUUCA